GGCGGCUGGGGUCGUGCCCUCGGGCCUCCAGGAUGUUCUUUUAUCUGAGCAAGAGAAUCGCCAUUCCCAAUAACGUGAAGCUGAAAUGUAUCUCUUGGAACAAGGACCAAGGAUUCAUCGCGUGUGGGGGCGAAGAUGGAUUACUGAAGGUGUUGAAGUUAGAGACACAGACGGAUGAUGCAAAAUUGAGGGGUCUUGCAGCUCCUAAUAAUCUUUCUAUGAAUCAGAAUCUUGAUGGUCAUAGUGGUUGUGUUCAAGUUGUCACAUGGAAUGAACAAUAUCAGAAGUUGACUACCAGUGAUCAAAAUGGGCUUAUCAUUGUUUGGAUGUUUUAUAAAGGCUCUUGGUAUGAGGAAAUGAUCAACAACAGGAAUAAAUCCGUGGUUCGCAACAUGAGCUGGACUGCGGAUGGACAGAAGAUCUGCAUUGUGUAUGAAGACGGGGCAGUGAUAGUCGGCUCAGUGGAUGGGAAUCGCAUUUGGGGAAAAGACUUGAAGGGUGUACAGUUAUGUCAUGUAGCGUGGUCCGCAGAUGGUAAAGCCUUACUUUUUGGAAUGGCAAAUGGAGAAAUACACAUUUAUGAUAGUCAAGGGAAUUUUAUAAUGAAAAUGAAGCUGAACUGUUUGGUGAACGUCACUGGCGCCAUCAGUAUUGCUGGAAUUCACUGGUACCACGGCACCGAAGGCUACGUGGAGCCCGACUGCCCCUGCCUCGCUGUUUGUUUUGACAACGGGCGGUGCCAAAUAAUGAGACACGAGAAUGACCAAAACCCUGUUCUCAUCGACACGAACAUGUGCGUGGUCAGUAUCCAGUGGAACCACACUGGCAGUGUGCUGGCGGUGGCGGGCACCCAGAAGGCCGGCCUGCAGGACAGAGAUGUCAACAUCGUGCAGUUCUACAACCCAUUCGGGGAGUCUCUAGGUACUUUGAGGGUUGCUGGGAAGCAGAUAUCUGCACUAUCUUGGGAAGGAGGUGGAUUGAAAAUUGCACUAGCUGUUGACUGUUUUAUAUAUUUUGCAAAUAUUCGACCUGAUUAUAAGUGGGGAUAUUGCUUAAAUACUAUAGUUUAUGCUUAUACCAGACCUGAUCGCCCAGAGUACUGUGUUAUAUUUUGGGAUACGAAAAACAAUGAGAAAUACGUUAAAUAUGUGAAGAGUCUCAUUUCUAUUACUACCUGUGGAGAUUUCUGCAUUUUGGCUACGAAAGCUGAUGAAAAUCUUCCUCAGGAGGAGUGCGAGAUGGAAACAUUUGGUGCAACGUUUGUGCUAGUUCUUUGUAAUUCUAUUGGUACACCCUUGGAUCCCAAAUACAUUGAUAUUGUUCCACUAUUUGUUGCAAUGACCAAAACACAUGUGAUAGCAGCUUCAAAAGAAGCAUUUUAUAUCUGGCAAUACCGUGUGUCAAAGAAGCUCACAGCGUUGGAAAUCAAUCAGAUGACACGGUCUCGGAAAGAAGGGAGAGAAAGAAUCUAUCAUAUUGAUGAUAGUCCUUCUGGAUCAGUGGAUGGAGUGCUUGAUUAUAAUAAAGCCAUUCAAGGCACAAGGGAUCCAAUUUGUGCCUUAACUGCAUCUGAUAAGACAUUGAUUGUGGGUCGUGAAUCUGGCGCCAUUCAGAGAUACAGUCUUCCUAAUGUUGGUUUGAUUCAAAAAUAUUCCCUUAAUUGUCGAGCCAACCAGUUAUCGCUGAACUGCAACUCUAGCCGUCUUGCCAUCAUAGACAACUCAGGAGUCCUAACCUUCUUUGACUUGGAUGCGCGGGUAACGGACAGCACGGGGCAGCAAGUCAUUGGCGAGCUGCUGAAAUUGGAGCGGAAAGAUGUCUGGGAUAUGAAGUGGGCCAGAGAUAAUCCUGAUUUGUUUGCAAUGAUGGAGAAAACAAGAAUGUAUGUUUUCAGAAACUUGGAUCCAGAGGAACCCAUUCAGACUUCUGGAUAUAUUUGCAACUUUGAGGAUUUAGAGAUUAAAUCUGUGUUAUUGGACGAGAUAUUAAAGAAUCCAGAACAUCCCAACAAGGAUUACAUAAUUAACUUUGAGAUUCGGUCCCUGCGAGAUAGCCGAGCAUUGAUUGAGAAGGUGGGAAUUGAAGAUGCGUCUCAGUUCAUAGAGGACAAUCCUCACCCCCGACUUUGGCGCCUGCUGGCUGAAGCGGCUCUCCAGAAGCUGGAUUUGCACACGGCAGAGCAAGCGUUUGUGCACUGCAAAGACUACCAGGGCAUCAAGUUUGUGAAGCGCCUGGGCCACCUGCAGAGCGAGUCCAUGAAGCAGGCGGAAGUGGCUGCCUACUUCAGCAGGUUCGAGGAGGCUGAGAAGAUGUAUCUUGACAUGGACAGAAGAGAUCUUGCUAUUGGCCUCCGGCUGAAGUUGGGAGAUUGGUUUAGAGUACUCCAGCUCCUGAAAACUGGGUCUGGUGACGCGGACGACAGCCUCCUUGAGCAAGCCCACAAUGCCAUCGGAGACUACUUUGCUGACCGACAGAAGUGGUUGAAUGCUGUGCAAUAUUACGUACAAGGCCAACACCAGGAGCGCUUAGCCGAGUGUUAUUACAUGUUAGAAGAUUGUGAGGGGUUGGAGAAUCUUGCCAAUUCACUUCCAGAAAACCAUAAGUUGCUUCCAGAAAUAGCACAAAUGUUUGUGAGAGUUGGAAUGUGUGAGCAAGCAGUGACUGCGUUUUUGAAAUGUAAUCAACCAAAGGCAGCAGUAGAUACCUGUGUGCAUCUCAACCAAUGGAACAAAGCUGUUGAAUUGGCUAAAAAUCAUAAUAUGAAAGAAAUUGGAUCUCUGUUAGCGAGGUAUGCAGCUCACUUACUGGAAAAGAAUAAAACUCUUGAAGCCAUAGAACUCUAUCGGAAAGCCAAUUACUUUUAUGAUGCUGCUAAAUUGAUGUUUAAGAUUGCUGAUGAAGAAGCGAAGAAAAGAACUAAACCUUUGUGUGUCAAGAAGCUGUAUGUACUGUCAGCCUUAUUGAUAGAGCAGUACCACGAGCAGGUGAAAAACGCUCAGCGAGGAAAAGUUAAAGGAAAGAGUUCGGAGGCCACUUCGGCGCUGGCUGGUUUGCUGGAGGAAGAGGUGCUGUCCACAACCAGUCGGCUCACAGAUAACGCCUGGCGGGGCGCGGAGGCCUACCACUUCUUCAUCCUGGCGCAGAGGCAGCUCUAUGAGGGCUAUGCGGACAGCGCACUGAAGACAGCUCUUCACCUGCGAGACUAUGAAGACAUUAUCCCCGCCGUGGAGAUCUACUCUCUGCUGGCGCUCUGCGCUUGUGCCUGUGAAGCCUUUGGGACUUGUUCCAAAGCUUUUAUUAAACUCGAAUCGUUGGAGAGCCUCAGUCCCGAGCAGAAACAGCAAUAUGAAGACCUUGCCAUCGAGAUCUUCACCAAACAUACGCCAAAAGACAAUAGAAAAUCGGAAUUGGACAACCUUCUUAAAGGAGGGAAAGGGAAACUGCCAACAUGCGUUGCCACCGGCAGCCCCAUCACCGAGUACCAGUUCUGGAUGUGCAGUGUGUGCAAGCACUGCGUGCUGGCUCAGGAGAUCAGUAACUACAACUUCUGUCCCUUAUGCCACAGCUCAGUGGCAUAAAGGAGCGACAAGUCGUGUGUAACUGUAAACAUGGUAGCAUAUGUGCAUAGCUAUCACUGUGUACAUAAUAAGGUCGGCUUCCAGACACUUUAUAUGAAAAUCAGCAUCUUUAUUUCAUAGUUGUAUUUUGACAUAAAAUUAUAUAUAAAUUACGCAUAUAUAUAUAUUAUAUACACAUGUACAUAUUAUGUAUAUAAUUUUGUGUUAAACUAUGACUAUGAAAUAAUGAUGCUGAUUUUCAUAUGAAACGUAUGGAAGUCAACCUUAUUUCAUGUCAAUCUAUCUAUCUUGUGGUUGGUUACAUGAUACUGUGGAAAUAUUCUGAAUAAGAAAUUUUUUUCUCAUAGUGUCAAGAUUACUAAGUCACUGAAAAGUCUUGGCGAGGGCAUAAAGGCAACAUGAGAACGGGCAAAGUUGUACCAGAGGAGGUUAAACAAUUUGCUUCCAGCCCCAAAUCAGCUAUUGACUCCUCACGCCUUUCCUAACACAUCUGUUGGGAACUCUCUUUCGGGCCUUCUCAUUUGCUACUAGUUCAACCAUGCCUGAGUGCUAGAAUCUUUCCUCCAGUUAAUUAUUUCAGAUAGAGCCUGAGUGGCUGUCCCUACUUCCUGUUCAGUUUAAUAUAGAAACCAAAAUCUCUAAAUAACCUCUUGUAGACUUAAUUAUGUUGUUUGGGAUUUAUAGCUGUGAAAGGUUUAGUGAUCGGCCAUGUUUUGGGGACCUUGUUUGUCUUGAAAGUGGUAGGUACUAGAGGAAGGCCCACAGCAUGAGUUGACCCAACUGGUUUUAUUCAACAUGAAGGAUUUUUUCAGGAUAACAACAACAAACUCUCCCAUGGUGAAAGGGGCACAGGGAACAAAAUUGUCUAUAUAUGAAAAAUACUUGGAGAGAAGUUGGAUAGAGGUAGUAUAUUAAAGAUAGUAUAGGAAACAGUUAUGUUCUGUUCUUGUAAUAAGUCCCUUUAAGUAAUGCUUUAUCAUAUAACUUGGUCUGAACUAUGUGAAGUUUUAAAGUCGCAUGGUAAGCCAAAGUACUGAGAUGACAGAACCUACUGAUAAA